ACAGAAAUGAGGAAGGACUCUCUUAAGAGUUCAAUCCCUACAGCAAUGCCAUAUUUCUUUGUCAAUGUCUGGAAAUACUGCUAUGCUUGCUAGAUUUGUUUGCUCCAUCCUUGUCCCCUGUUGUUCUCUCUCCCAUGGAAGCUGCAGGAACCCCCAUCCCACAAUGCCAUCUAUCCAGCUGCCACUGCUACUCCUCUGCCUGACCUUGUGUGGUGUUUGCCUCAGUGGGGGGCAGCCGCUUCCAGAUGGAAGUGAGAACAUAGGAAGAAGUCCCCUGGAUGACAUCCUGCAGAGGUCUGAAAGCCUCAUUCUUCAGUCUGUCCUCAAGAAAGCUGAAAAGGAAGAAAAGAUGAAUAAAGAAUCAAAUGCCCUUCUGCCAGAAUGGCUAUCCAAAAGAAAACACCCUGAGAAAAAGUACCUAAGUGACCUGGAGAAGAGACAGCAUCCUGGAAAAAGGGAUGUUGAGGAAGACACAUCUUAUGGUGACAUUCAGAAGAGGCAGCAUCCAGGAAAAAGAGAGAUAGAAGACGACUUGGAUAGCUAUCUGGAGCUGAAAAAGCAACAGCAUCCUGGCAGGAGGUCACUGUUGGAUCAGUAUGCUGACAUCCCUAGUGCACAGCUAACCUACUUGAAUCAGUUAUUCAAAAGACAGCAUCCAGGCAGAAGGUACCUUAUGUACAAGCGUCAGCAUCCCAACAAAAGAGGCUGGAAUGAUGAGGUAGACCUAAAUGACCAGUAUGGUGAGGAACGCCAGCGCCCUGGAAAAAGGCACUGGAAUUCUGACAGCCCAGAUGAUGCAGGCCCCUGCAACUUUCAGGAGUCCUUCACCUGUAAGAAAGGCAGCUUGUUGCUUGAUUCAGGAGAAAAUGUUAGCAAAGACAGGGUAGAAAAAAAACGUCAGCACCCAGGAAAGAGAUCAGCAUGGGAGAGUGAAACAGAGCAAUGA